AUGGAGAAAUCUAAAAAUAUAUCGACCACCAACAUCAAACCAAUCAAUGAUGACGAUGAUGAAGAGUUGAACUCUUCAUCUAUUCACAAUCAACCACACACUGGACCUACAGGAGAGGAUACAAAGGCCAUCAACAAUAUACAAUCAAUCAAUGUCAAUGUCGAUAAGUCUCACUCUUUAUCUCUUGUUGAACCAUCACAGGCACCCAAAGAGCAACAAUCACAAGGUGUUCAAGCCAUGGCUUUAAAGACUUUCUAA